AUGGAUAAGAUCUGUAUGGCAAGUAUGAAGGUUAAUAAUCCAAUGCAUAAUGGGGAUAAUGGAAUUAAUAAGGAGGAUAAAGGGAAAUUUGUGAUUGAUAAUGAAGGGUAUAUUGAAGUUGUUAAUAAGAAAAAUAGGAAUUUAAAAGAUGGAGAAGGCACAAGUAAUUCAAUGAAGAAUUCAAAUAAUAUAGUAACUCAAAAAAACAAUGGGAGGAGUAAUUUUUCAAGCGUGGGAAACAAAUUCAGGGGACAAAAUUGGAAUAGAGGUGGAAAUGGUCGGGGGAAAAAUGGGUAUUGGAAUAAUAAAGGGGUGAGUCGCUGGAACUUGGAGAAAAAUAAAAGAUAUGAGAAGGUUUCUGGGCAGUAUGAUAAUAAUGAUAUGAGCUGUAAGGGAGAAAUUAAGCAGGGAGAAAUUAAAAAGAAUGUUAGCGAGAAAGAGGAGAAUAAGAAGAAGGUUAAGGAAACAAAUAAUAGCAAUAAAAACAGUUUUGAAGUAUUGGGGCUGAUUGAUGAGGAUGUUAUAAUUGGAAUGGAAGAGGAUGAUAAAGGAGAUAAGCUUGGUGUUCAUUCUGAUAAUCAGACUUGUUUUCAAUCAGCAAUUGAAGAUAGCAGAUUGAAUCAUGAUUUAAUUCAUUCUAUGGGAAUUAGAAAAGAAGAUUUAGAAAUGGUUAACACUGAAAAUAAGAUGGAUAACAAAAGGAAUGAUAAUAGUGGCAGUAAUGGUGGUUCUUCUCAGGCAUUUGAGAUGGUAAAUGCCAAGAAUAAUAUUGUUAUCCAAUGA